GUCGUUGCGCAGUAAGGACUCUGGAAACAGCAGUUUACCUCGUGUUCGGCGCGUUUGUAAAAACUUUCGCGAAUCGACGCGUAAUGGGUCUAUAGCCGGUCUCGAUUUUCCGGAAAAGCGAGCUGUAUAAAUCGCUGCGCCUGCAAGAGAGGACACCGCUCCGAGGUGGGGGGAAAAGUUACAACGCGCGUGAGCGAGAAAGAGAGGGAGCGAGUCUUGACAUUGUGACGGCCAUUUUGCCGUGGUCGUUCUCGCGAGUUAGCAGCAUAGCAGCAGCCGCGAUUCCGAGAGCAUCGUUCACUCGCGAGUCGCAGCCAGGACGACGAGCAUCGCCGCUCUAUAUACAGAGUUGUACACAGAUAUACGUACACGUAUACACGGAGAGAGAGUUCGGUUCCAGUAUCUGGAAGAGAAGUUUAUAUCAGCCUAAAACGAUUUUGCGUGCACAUCGAUAAUAGAGAAGUUGGAGACACUGAAUCUGCUUCAAAAUGAUGACUGAAACACACAUGAACACCAACCACGUGUUAAGUUCAGGUCUGGGUUUGAAAACAGAUCUAGAAAAAAUGGAUGACUCUGGUUGGAAGUCCAAGCUCAAAAUCCCACCAAAGGAUAGACGUAUCAAGACAAGCGAUGUCACAGAUACUCGAGGCAACGAAUUCGAAGAGUUUUGUCUGAAACGCGAACUUCUAAUGGGAAUUUUUGAGAAAGGUUGGGAGAAGCCCUCACCUAUCCAGGAGGCCAGUAUUCCCAUUGCACUUUCCGGCAAAGACGUUUUGGCACGUGCCAAAAAUGGAACAGGCAAAACUGGAGCAUACUCGAUUCCUGUUCUUGAACAGGUUGACCCGAAAAAAGACGUUAUUCAAGCGUUGAUUAUUGUGCCUACCCGAGAGUUGGCACUGCAAACGUCACAAAUUCUGAUUGAGCUUGCAAAGCACAUGGACAUAAAAGUAAUGGUUACCACUGGUGGUACUAACUUGCGCGAUGAUAUCAUGAGGAUUUAUCAGAAAGUGCAAGUUAUAAUCGCAACACCAGGAAGAAUUCUUGAUCUCAUGGAUAAAAAUGUUGCCAAUAUGGAUCAUUGUAGAAUUUUGGUUUUGGAUGAGGCAGACAAGCUUCUUUCACAAGAUUUCAAAGGAAUGUUGGAUCAUGUAAUUUCCAGACUACCACAUGAACGUCAAAUCUUGCUGUAUUCAGCAACUUUCCCAUUGACGGUGAAACAAUUCAUGGAAAAGCACUUGAGAGAUCCAUAUGAAAUCAACUUGAUGGAAGAGCUUACACUGAAAGGUGUGACACAGUACUAUGCUUUUGUCCAGGAACGCCAGAAGGUCCACUGCCUUAACACACUUUUUUCCAAGCUACAAAUAAAUCAAAGCAUUAUCUUCUGCAACACAACGCAGCGCGUUGAGUUAUUGGCAAAGAAAAUCACAGAUCUGGGAUACUGCUGUUAUUAUAUCCACGCUAAAAUGGCUCAAGCACACAGAAAUCGCGUAUUCCACGACUUCCGUGCUGGACUUUGCCGAAAUUUGGUAUGCAGCGACUUGUUCACACGUGGUAUUGACGUUCAGGCUGUGAACGUUGUUAUCAACUUCGACUUCCCUAAGAUGGCAGAAACAUAUUUGCAUCGUAUUGGUCGUUCAGGAAGGUUCGGUCAUUUAGGUAUCGCAAUCAACCUAAUUACAUACGAGGAUCGCUUCAACCUUCAUCGUAUCGAGCAGGAGCUUGGAACUGAAAUCAAGCCUAUUCCAAAGGUGAUAGAUCCGAGUCUGUAUGUAGCAAGACCAGAUGACAAUAAUAGCUUGGAGGAUAGCAGCAACGUGUCUAAGUAGUUCCAAAACGCAAUCACUGUCGAGGUUCAUAAUCGCUCAAAGCAAAUGUAAAAGUGUGUUAAGUGAUUGUGACUGAACAAACAGAAAAACCAUAACGGCACGCAUGAUAGUGUGCACUGAACUUUUUUUUUGAAAAAAGUGAGAAAAACGUUUCGUGUUACUUAAGUCUGAGGGAUAGUCGAAAAGGGUAAAAAUCGCGUGUUUUUGGGAGUGUAAAGCUGAAAAACAUAAAAGACAAUGUCUGUCAGUGCUACAAAAUACAAACUUUGAAUAGGCAAUUUGCGUAGAAAAAGGAAAUGCAAAAUCAUGGAGAACAAUUAUAGUCGUAAUGAGCAAAGAAAAAGUUACUUGUAAAUAAGGUAUUACUGAGCAUGAAAAUAAUCAUUCGCUUUGCACUUGGUAAACUCAGUGAUUGAAGUGAUUGGAGUGCCAGUGCGAGUCAUUCUUUGUAUAUAAAUACAUUUAAAUGUACAUAUACUGAUGUAGCGCAAAGUCAAGCCAUCGUCUUACUAAAAGUAUCGUAACGGUGUGAACAGAGAGAAAGUAGAGAAAAAAAUACUAAAAAAACGUCAUCGAUUGCUACAUUAACAAGAGUGUAAAUAUAAUGUGUCGGAGAGUAUUUCAUGCCAUUUUAACAUCGAUUUUUUAUACAUUCAAACAUAGCUUUGAUCUUUGUGUUUAUACGAUAAUACGAGAUAUAUUGAAAAUAACGCGCGAAAGUGAGAGAUCAAGCAUCAAUUGUCAAUAAUUAAUGUCAAUCCACACAUAAGCGAUAUUUUACGCUCUAGCAUUACAAAAUCAUAAGUUAUUUGUAGAGUGAAAAAAAAUUGUACCCGUGCGAUAGUCGUCGCGCGAUCGUGGCUUGACUUUGCUCCGCUUUCAUACUGUCAAAACAACUCUGAAAUUCAAUCGUUUUUCUUUCUCUUGAGAAAGCAAAUCACAAGCUCAAUCGCAAAAUGAAAGAUGAAAGUUUAUUUUCCGGAAAACACCAAUAACUCAAUUUUUUUCUUUUUUUUUUAAUUUAGAUAUUGAUAUACUAACGGAUUUUUAUAAUAGUGUGAUUGAGUGUCAGAGGUUGUAAAAUUGACUAGUUUUAUACAAUUAUUUUUAUAAAGUAAACUGGCUGGUGGGUAUAUCUUUUUUUCCGUCGUAAAUCGCAUCGGGAGGUCCUACGUUCGCGUAAGUACGCAUCGUAUUUAUACAUACACAAUAACAUUAAGUUCCAUAGCGCGGUACUUUUAUCAGUGAGAAAGAGUGAGAGUGGCGAAGGAACUCUUGCCCGCAUUCAUAUAAGAAAGUACACAUAUGCAUAUUCACGUUUACGCGAAACGUCGCAGUAAGAUGAUGAGAGACAGAAAUAUAUUUGUUGAUGUUAUGAAUUCAUUUGUUAAAAAUAUAAGACUAACUAUUUGUUUUAUGACCGUUACAAAAUCUUUUGUUAUUUUGAUAAAUGCAAGUGCUGAAAAAAUGAACACGAACGAAACGCUCUAUAGCGAAGCAAAGUAUAGGCGGACUUUAUAAACGUCGCAAAUAGUUCAUCUGAUUUUUACUAGGUGAAUUUAUAAAAUUGACCGACAAUUUUUCUGUAGCACUAAGAAACAACCAUUAAUUCGACUACAGGCACGUAGGACCUUGCGAUUUUUAAAUUAUACAUUGUAUAUGAAAUACAAAAACCACAAAAGGCCAUUUUUGCGCAUCGUGCUGAUUCGUAUGAACGAACCAAUAUUCCAAUCUUUACGAUUUUACAAAAGUGAACACACGCGGGAGGAAAGAAUUACCUAAACUCUUUUCGACAGACUAUCAUAAAAUAACCGGCGCCACCAGCCAUAAUGACCUAGAUUUACGCGAGAGAGAAAUAAAGAAAGAGAGAGAGAACAAGAGGGAGAGAAACCAGCAAAAUAUUGCGCGUUUAAAGAAGCCCGUCAACAAUCUUCUCUUUUUCUUUUUUCUUUUGGUUUUCUUCGUUUUGCGUCGAGAGUUUUUCGCUCGGCGCGAAAUUCUUUCCUACUAUUAAGCGGAUAUGUGCGUGCGACGGAGGAACGGUUUCGAAUGCUUUUACGAUUGUAAUGUGAUUAGCGAACGCGAACAUUGUCAUUUGAACGGAAAAACAGGCGGUAUAUGAUGAAGUGAUGGAGAAAAACUGUUGGGGCUGGGAGGGGAAAGAAAUAAAUCCACAAAGUCCAAAAGACCGAAUCGAGGAAUUGAGACUUGAAAAAACGUGUGAUAUAUAUAUUCGAUGUACAGACGGAAGAUGAAGUUUAAUAGGAAAAAAAAAGAUAAAUUCCCGAAGUGGAUUGAUGAGAUCACAAGUGCACAAAGACAAAUGGGGACACAAUUAACAAAAAAAAAAAAAAUUUUACCGAGACUUACCGUUGUGUAAGCCUUGGCUACAUCUGUCUGUGUCUUGUAGACGAGCAUUUGCAAACGAGAGUCGAAAAAAAAUUAAGCUACGACUAAGACAGAUGUUUCUUGUUUUCGUUUUUUAGUUGUUUUCAUGCGCAAAGCAAUUUGAUCGAUUUCUUGUAAAUAUAUUGAUAAAUAACGAUAACGAUUAAAGAUACACAUGCUCACACGUACACCAACACUCCAAACAGACACGCAUACACGCUUACAUACACAUACAUUCGGCAGGCCCAAAUCUCGGGCAUCGCCGGAGCAAAGACUGUAUAAAUAUAUAUAAAUAUAUACGAUUAUGAGACUAAACGCAUUCAAAACCGUUCGUCGAUCGGCGUCAGUCCUCCCGUCUCUGCGAGACUUCUCUCCGAGUUUCUCUAGAGUGCGAGAUUCUUGUGAAUAUCGAAACAUUGACGUUUCGAGCAAAAAUUGUAAUAGCGAUAUUCCACCGUCACAUUAGUAGCGCUUACGAUUCCGCCAACAAAUAAAAAUGUAUAAGCUACGUAUUCUUGUCGAGCGUCAAAGUCAGCAAGCGAAUCUGAACUCCGAAUCAGCUGUCCUGAAGAAAGAAAACUGUAAGCGAGAUCGAUCGGACCCUCGUCCGCUUGCCGUCUUCGACGCUGCUCUUUGAGAAACCUCGAGAACGCGACCAUCAUCCGACGUUGAUCUGCUCGCGGGAUGCCUCCGCCUAAAAGAAAAAUCUCCCGAUCGACGGGAGAGAAAUCGUGGAGCAGAGUAAACCCUUCCGAGAUCGAGCACAACGCACGGGAAGUUCUCUAGCGCGAGCUAAUGCGGAAUUCCUAGGAAUCUGUAGCGCGGCGACUCGACGAGAGAUCGUCGCCGCGGUGAGAGUAAGAGCGCAAGGGAAACUUUGCAAACUAUGUAUCGGCCGAACGAUUGUAUGCGUGAAAACGGAGUGAAAGAAUGAAUCGAUUUUGUACAUGCGGUGAGUGAGGGCGAAAUCGAAAGUGCGUGACAGAGAUGCGUACUAAGAGAUUCUUCAUCUUGACAAAGAAGCUCUUUGUACUUUCAAGUACAUGGCUUGGAGCAUAAUAAUGAUAACUCAUUGAAGAGAGUGAAACACUCUUUGUACACAUCUUGCCAUGCACUUUGAAUUUGCGCCAGGAAUCUUCAGCGGAUUCCUUGCGCGCCAACUCCUUUUCUUUUCUUUUCUUUUCGUUUCCCCGAGUAUAUCGAACGUAUUAGCUCUAUCUUCCUCUGAUAAUUUUCGUAGCCCAGACCCCCCCCCUCCCACCGAUUGAUUUGUUUGCGCCUCGUAGUUUGUAAAUUUUCGUUAAUUUCUUUCCGACAGUGAAGAUUAUGUGAUAUCGCUGCAGACCGUUAACAGCGAUACCUUCAUUACGAAUAGAUGUAUGUGAGAAGCAGGCGUGCGUAAGAUUUCUGUUGCUCGCAAAUUACAGCGCGGGUGGUUGUGAAAUAUAAAAAGAGACGUAGAUGCUAGAGUCGAUUUUCUCAAUUGCGAAUGGCGAUACGUCAUUGUUCGUACACCGAUACGAUUUUGACGAUAUUUUGUAUAAAAAUUUUCGAGAUUCAUGACCACCACUGGGUCGCUCAACAUCCCUGGGUCUCUAGUAACCCACUCGCGCUGAACAUAAAGAAGCGGCAACAGUCUCUUCGCGAUAAUGCAUUGCACAGCGAUGCGGUGUUGUGAAGCGAAGUCUCACGAUUGAUCCACUCGUCGUUACGAUUUUUCUCGGUGAUAGUCUCGACGAUCGAACGAAACAUUAAUAACGAAUGUGACGCGUCGAGAGAGUCGAAAGCGACGAGGGGUAUUGUUCGCAAGGCGCCGCUAAUUAUUUCCGAGAGGCAAAGAAAGAAAUCCGUAUAACGACGUCGCGCGCGCGCGUUGUCUGUGCGUGUCUCUUGGAAACAGAAUAUGAUGUAACAAACAAGGUUGUAAUGUAUGAGCACGACGAUCGAGAUUGGGCAAUUUCUGGCAAAGCGGUCGUUACGCGUUGAGAGCCGAACACCGGCUUCUGGAUUGUGUGAGGAGCCUCGUGCGACAUCUGAGGAGGCUCCGAUGAAACAAAAAAAAAACAAAAAAAUACGUAGAUUAACUGUCCAGCUCGUACGAAUGGAAGAGUUUUUUUCGUACGCUUGGAAGAGUGAAGCCCCGAGACUUGAAAUGUUAGUGAGAAAUGAAGGUUCCCAGAGUCACGCGAGGAUUUUGUAGAAUGAAGGUGUUGUACGGGGUCUUCACUCUUUCGCGUUAUUUUAUUUUCAAGUCGUACGAAACGUUUCAGAAGCGCGUUCUGAGUGUGAUAUUUAAGCUGUUGCAUUGAAGUAUCCGUACUUUUAGUUUGAAACAGUUUUUUUAUAGUGGUUGUAAAAUCUAGCCGCUUGAGAUACACUCUGAACUCGCACUUUUUGCGUUUCGCGACAAGCUAUAAUGAUAUCAAUGAACAAGAAAAAAAAAACAAAAAAAGUUACAAAAAAAAGUGAAAAAAACGUCAGUUGUUUAAGCAAAAAAUGUACGAUAGUUUCAAAAUUUAGAAUUCUUACUGCCGGCAGUCCAAACAUUUUCCGUUUUACAAGUAUGAGGAAUGAAUUUAAUUGUACAAGAUCGCACAAGUCUAAGCUAUCUGUAUGAUUCUUUUCGAUCGACCACGCUAUUUAAAAACGAUUGUAUUUUUUGAAAUAUCGACGAAUGUAUCAAGUACUAGGAAAAAAGUUUUUCGUUGUACGCACCAUUUGGUGAAAAGUAACUUUCGGAAGAAAAGUAAAAAAAAAACAUUGUAAAAGGAAACAAAAUUUUUUGAGAAUCACGAACUUGAUUAAUUUGUGACGAAUCGAGAUUUCCGUGCAAUUAUUGGUUUCCUGUGCCACACUGGCCCGCGAAGUCUGUUAAAACGAAACAAUUGUAAAAGCAAAUGAAUUCAAUAAAGCUUACACGGCGAGUGUAAGAGAAGGAAAAUUUAUAAAAUCUAUGAGCCUGCGUCUAUUAGCCUAAAAGAUAAUAUCCGACUUUGAGCGAAAUUGAAAGAAUGUCUUACUUUUAAUUUUAACCAUUGCAUUUCCAACUGACGCAGAGUGCAGUAAUAAAGAUGAUUACUGAUGAAAAUAAAAUUUAUGAAAAAAGUGUAAAAAAAGCAAAAAAAGGAUAUACAUUAGGACACAAUAAUUCGAUGUUUUUGACCUAUACCGUAUGUUAGUUUUCAAAAUUGUACAGGCGAACUCAGGCGUCAACCGCGUUCUUCGAGAAAAAAAAGUAACAAAGAUCCGACACAAAAAUUGUAACGAAAAAUCCAAAAACUCUUUUUUUACUACAUUUGCGCCAAAUUGUUUGCCUGAGUACGUCCAGAGCAUGUUAAAAUUUUAAUUUUUUUGUCGAAAAAAAUUCCAAGACAGAAAUAGAAAGGUUUUUGUUCCUCAAUAAAAACAAUCAGAUCAACACUUCAA